AUGGCAAGUGCAGCCAACGCCAACAUCAACGCAGCGCGAGAGACCAUGGAUGUGCUACUGGAGAUAUCGAGGUUGCUAAACACGGGUUUGGACAUGGAGUCUCUUUCCAUAUGUGUUCGUCUCUGUGAACAGGGUAUUAAUCCUGAAGCACUCUCCUCUGUGAUCAAAGAACUGCGUAAAGCUUCAGAGUCCCUAAAGACUUCUGAAAAUUGCACAAGCUGA